AUGAACCAAUAUCUCUAUGAUCGGGGAUAUUGGAGGACCCCAUACCGUUUUUAUUCUAAAAGUAAAUGCUAUGAUUAUUUUAAGAAGCUUAUGAAGUGGAACGUCUCCUAUACGCAUCCAGAUUCACCAAACAGUAUUGGUAGGAACUCGCAAGCCACCGGCGCUUCUUUUAGAUUUGGUAUGGACCCGACAGGCUCUACGGGACUUUUGGAAAGAGGAGUAUCCAGACAUCGAAGUACCUUGAAAGAAGCGUUUCUGCAUAUUUAG